AUGGCAGCUCUCGACAACAUCGGCCUCAUCCUCGGCGCUCUUACUGCUGGAGGUGGUAUCACUGGUUACGUUCGUACUGGCUCUGUCCCAUCUGUCGCCGCAGGUGUCUCUGUCGGCACUCUUUACAUUCUGGGUGCCCUUCGCAUUCGCAACGCCCAACCGUACGGCGUCGAACUCGGCCUCUUGGCCUCCAUUGUACUUGCUGGCAGCUCCUUUCCUCGCGCGCUCAAGACGCAGAAGCCGCUGCCCAUUGGGCUGAGCUUAUUGGCUGCUUACGGGUUGUGGGCUUUUGGUUCGGCGUGGUCGCGAGGACGGGCGAACUAG